GCUGCCCAGCUUGUCGCUGAAUGCAACUGAGUUCCCAGGCUGUCCCUUGCCAAUUGGGCCCACCUGGGGUCACGUCGUCCUGGCCUGUCUCAGAAGAGCCUUGGAGUUCUACAGAUGGGAGUGUGACUCUUGACUCUGUUACUUUCUGGGCCUCCUCUUCUGAAAAGGAGGAGGUACAGGAGAACUGCGUGCGGUGGCGAAAGAGGUUCACCUUCGUGUGUAAGAUGAGUGCUAACCCGGCCACCGGCCUGCUGGACCCCUGUGUCUUCCGCGUGUCUGUGCGCAAGGAGCUGAAAGGCGGGAAGGCUUAUUCCAAGCUGGGCUUCGCUGACUUGAACCUGGCAGAGUUUGCAGGCUCGGGCUCCACGGUGCGCUGCUGCCUGCUCGAGGGAUAUGACACGAAGAACACUCGCCAGGACAACUCCAUCCUUAAGGUCACCAUUGGCAUGUUCCUGCUCUCUGGAGACCCCUGCUUCAAGACGCCACCAUCUACUGCCAAGUCCAUCUCCAUCCCAGGCCAGGAUUCCUCCCUGCAGCUGACAUGUAAGGGUGGUGGGACCAGCAGUGGUGGCAGCAGCACCAACUCCCUGACUGGGUCCCGGCCCCCCAAGGCCCGGCCCACUAUUCUCAGCUCAGGGCUGCCAGAGGAACCCGACCAGAACCUGUCCAGCCCUGAGGAGGUGUUCCACUCUGGCCACUCCCGCAACUCCAGCUAUGCCAGCCAGCAGUCCAAGAUCUCCGGCUACAGCACAGAGCAUUCACGCUCCUCCAGCCUGUCCGACCUGACGCACCGCCGCAACACAUCCACCAGCAGCAGCGCCUCUGGGGGCCUUGGCAUGACCGUGGAGGGCCCUGAGGGCAGUGAGCGGGAGCACCGGCCCCCGGAGAAGCCGCCGCGGCCACCCCGGCCCCUGCAUCUGUCCGAUCGCUCGUUCAGGCGGAAGAAGGACUCGGUGGAGAGCCACCCGACCUGGGUGGACGACACGCGGAUUGAUGCGGAUGCCAUCGUGGAGAAGAUCGUGCAGAGCCAGGACUUUACAGACGGCAGCAACACCGAGGACAGCAACCUCCGGCUGUUCGUGAGCCGCGAUGGCUCCGCCACGCUGAGCGGCAUCCAGCUUGCCACCAGGGUCUCUUCUGGGGUCUACGAGCCAGUCGUGAUUGAAAGCCAUUGAGGAGCAGGUGUCCGCGCUGGAGUCCUGCUUUCUCUGGAGUCCAGACCUGCAUCAUUCCAUGAAGAACUUCCCCUUCAGAUCACCUCUGCGCCACAUCUCAUCCAUGCCUCCUCCAUGCACUCCAGUCCACAUUCCCCGUAGCAUCAUUCCAUUGCCCUCCCAUCCAUGCUGGGACCCUCCUGGCCCACCAAGGCCCAGGCACCACUGUGAAUAUUCUCCUCUGAACCACUAGAGGGCAGGCCAGGCAGGCCCGUGCAGCUUGUGGGCAAGAAGGAGCUGGCCAGGACCGGCGCUGCUGGAGACUGACCCAGCCCUCUGGCUGAGGACAUGCAGCGGCUCCUAAAUGUAGAGAUGCCUGUGGCUGAGGGGCGUCUCUGCCUGUGUCCCCACUCACUCCAGGAGCGCUGGCUUUGGUCACAUCUUAGCGGCGGGGCCUUGCUCCAUUGUUCCCUUGCCCUGGUGGUGGGGGAGCCAGACCGCCUCCGGAAUCCUGCCACCUGUGACUGUCUGACUGCUUAGUGCUUCAGCUGUCCCUUCCUUGUGUCCUGGGGGACCUGCUGGCGGCCUCUUCCUGGGAGCCAUGACCUCAGACCCCACCCACACUCCAGAUCGAGACCCCUGCCUCCCCCCGGCAAAUGUCCUCCCGCUGCCUUGCAGCCUGCACUUUGCACAUGCUCACCCCCAGCACAGCCCCGCUGGCCCCUCACCUCCACUUCCCUGAGCCCCUUCCCAAGGACUCCUGGUCACUGCCUGCUGUGCAGUCAGAGGCCCAGGGUCCAGCAGCCUGGCGGGAACGGGUGCUGCCUCUCCCUCCGGUUAGCUCCAGCUCAGGUCUCAGACCCGUGCUGAGAAAGGUCUGAGCACUGACCGUGCCCUCUGCCCAGGGCUGGGUCCUGAGCAGCUGGUUUUCCUGCAGGAAGGUUGGAGCAAGCAAAGUCCUUCUCUGCCCUCAGGGUCAGCUGCCCAGACUGGGGCGGAUGCCAGAGAGGCAGGUGGGCUGUGGCUGGACUGGUCCGGAGCUGGCUUCCUUGCCAGAAAAGCCUCAGCCUUCCUCUGGAAGCAUCCCCCGUUCUGGGCAAGGGGGAAGGGCUCCUUUAAGGGGUGUGCUUUCCCAGCAGGGAGCAGUCUGGCCCUGCCCCCUACUAAAGCCUCUGCUCUCAGCACUUUCCCCCAAGUCCUUGUAACUUGCUUGAAGGUGGGUUCUGGCUGCCAGCCAGUCCCUGGACAAACUCUCCUGCCCCUUUUAAACUUCACUCAUUUUGUAUAAACCCAGCAGGCUGGUGUUUACUUAGCCCUGUAGCUUUUUUCAUUUUUUCUUUCCGUCUUUCUUCUUGAGUUCACGGUUCAAUAUUGCCUCCUCCCCCUGGUGAGGGGAGGUGCUGCUUUUCUGCCCCACCUGCUGGCUGGUUCUAGCAGCGCUGGGGCCCAGCUGGGGGGCCGGGAUGGGGGCUUCUCUCUCUGGGAGGGGUGCGGGUGCCCUCCCCAGGCUGGGAGGGUUCCUUCCCUAGUUCCCUAUCUGCCCCCGCUGGUGAGAGUUGGGCUUCUUGGUCUUGGAACUCCCUGGCAUUGGGACCAGAGCAUUUCUAGCAUUUGUUGUUGUUAUUGUUGUUUUACUCACCUAACCCUUAGAAAAUGAAUGUUAGAAGGUGCCUGCCGAGGUGGGACAGAGUGUUUGCUCGGGCUGGAGAAGGCUCUGCUCAGCCCUGAGAGUCCCUUCCUGCCCCACAGAUACUGGCACUUUAAAAAGGAAGCUGACCACACUGUGUCCAGACGAAUUGGCCCCCAGAAGAUGGGGAGUUCUGUCCUGCCCUUCCGUGUCUGCGUGACCUCACCCAGCCUAGGAGGGAGGUGCAUUCAGGGUAGAUUUGCCUCUCAUUCAAAGUUCUGGGGCUUUGGGCAGAAAACAGCCGGCUUUGGCACUGUUGGGGAGACUCCUCCAGACCAGGAACCCCAGAAGGAGACAGCCUGCCACAUCCUCCCACGCCGGGCCCUGGGCCAGGGUGAUUGAACUGAGAAUUUGACCACAACCAAAUUGAUGCUGGCUGGAACCAGAGGCCAGAAAGCCUGGCCUUGUUGUCCCCAUGUGGGAGCCCUGUCCUCAGCCCUCUUGUCCCCUUGAGCUCAGUGAAUUCCCACCAGGUGCCCACAGCUCCUGGACUUCAAAUUCUAUAUAUUGAGAGAGAUGGAGAGUAUAUCAGAGAUAUUUUUGGAAAGGAAUUGGUCUAUGCAAUGUCAGUUUGGAAUCUUCUUGAAAGUUUAACGUUUUUAUUAGGAGAUUUAAAGAAAAUAAAGGUCUACAAUAUCUUUA